UAUGUUCCGGUCAAGGGCGACCACGUCAUAGCAAUAGUGACGGCCAAAGCGGGAGACGUGUUUAAGCUGGACGUCGGUGGGAGCGAGCAGGCAUCUCUGUCCUACUUGGCCUUUGAAGGCGCCACGAAGAGGAACAGGCCAAAUGUGCAGGUGGGAGAUCUCAUUUAUGGUCAGUUCCUUGUAGCAAAUAAAGACAUGGAACCCGAGAUGGUCUGUAUAGACAGCAGUGGAAGAUCAAGUGGAAUGGGACUAAUUGGACAAGAUGGCUUCCUCUUUAAAGUUUCCUUAGGUCUAAUAAGAAAACUCUUGGCUCCCAAAUGUGAAAUAAUUCAGGAGUUGUCACAAUUGUACCCGUUUGAGCUGGUGCUGGGAAUGAAUGGAAGAAUAUGGGUAAAAGCCAAAACAGUUCAACAGACUUUAAUUAUAGUAAAUAUUUUGGAAGCCUGUGAGUAUAUGACUGCAGAACAGAGAAAACAAGCGCUUGCCAAAUUGUCAGGGAAUUGAUAAGAGAAAACUUUGAGGACUUGUUUGAGAUGACUAUAGGGUGUUUUUGUUAUUUUUUUAUUCAGAUUUAUAUUAAAAGCCAUUUUUUAAAUG